AUGCCAGCAGUGACCCCAUUGGCACUCUACCGCAAGGCAAACCUCGGUCGACUGGCCAGAGAGAUUGUCAGAGGCAUCCCUGCCGGUCUGGUCAUUUCGCUGAAUGCCUGGGCAACCAUCCUUAUCAACUCACAACCAAGAUGGCUCUUCCGCAAGAAGCGAUGGAGUGAAGGCGAGAUGCGCGCCAUCAGCUGUUAUUACCUGGUCAUUGCCUACAUGAUGCUCCGCGUCGUCCGUUUGACCUCGACCUUGACCAAAUGCCCCGGUCGGCCCUAUGGAGAUUUCUUCCGCAAUACACGGCCCAUCCUCGGUCAGAUCGCCAUAUUUUCAAUUGCCACGAUGCUGACGGACGAGUUUGUGAUGUUCUAUAUCCUCCGGAAGUUUGGGCUCGAGAAACGUCGCAUCCUGAUCACUGGUCGGCCGCUGGACAAGGAGAUCGAAGUCACGGACGACGACUGCUGUAUCUGCUACGGAGCCAUGCUGGACGAUGACGAGGACGGGAUGGAUCUGAGCGAACACAGCAACAACAACAAUGGCAGGCAUAGUCAUGGAGUAGGAAUUAACAAGGACACUGAUCAUGUCCUCGAGAACUUUUGUGUGGUCAAACAGCAUGUCGCUCAUCGGGGCUGUAUUCGCAAGUGGUACAACUAUGGACCCCAGGGAUACCGACCCAUGGAGGCGUUCAGGAUCUUGAGUUGGGGGACGACGAUUCAUGGAGCAGUUGCGGGAAUGAACACGACGCGGGCUGUCGGCAAUCGGAUUGGACUCGGCUGGUUGAUGUCCCUCCCGACAACAACUGCGACGACGACAACAACGACGACGACGACGAGGACUGUCCCCUUUGUUCCUACUAUCGAUGGAGUUGCACCGCUCCCACACCAGCCGAUCCAACAACAACAGCUGGAUCAGCAACAACAACAACAAUAUCACCAUCAUCAACAUGAAUCGACACACCCGGUAGAUGUCGCAGAACCCGUACUCCGCCCCAUGUUCACGACACCACCGACCGAAGAAUACAACCAGAACGCGGGUCGGAAGACCUGCCCAGCCUGUCGUCAACAACUGGUCCUCAACUUUGUCGAUCUGGCGAAAGGACGCAAGGAGAUGGGGUGGACACAGAAGCUGGUCGAGCUGGGUCGGGAUAUGACAAAGUUUUCGGACUGGCGUGGGUUGGUGCUGAGGAGUCUUAUCACAGCAGGAUGGGUUGGAGUGACGAUUGUGGGGGGUAAACUUCGGAUUGUGGCAAUGGAUAAGGCAAUUGUGCGGCAUCAAAAGAACCGUGCUUUGGCCACCCUCUCAGCGCUUGCUGAGUCGUCUUAG